UUUUUUUUUUUUUUUUUUUUGUGAGACGGAGCCUCACUCUGUCGCUCAGGCUGGAGUGCAAUGGCACGAUCUCAGCUCACUGCAACCUCUCCCUCCCAGGAGAAUCGCUUGAACCCAGGAAGCAGAGGUUGUGGUGAGCCGAGAUUGCUCCAUGGCAUUCCAGCCUGGGCAACAAAAGCGAAACUCCAUCUCAAAAAAAAAAAAAAAAAAACUAAGUUUAUGGGUUAACCAGACUUUAGUCCUGAAGGAUGUUCUGUAGAAAGUAAAAGCCUAUUAAGCUGACCCCUUUGUGCCAGAAUUGUAUCGCAUUUGUAGCUAGUGGCAUCUGGAGAUGCUGAGGAAGUGAUUGUCAAUACAACUAGAUUUCCAUAUUGCCUUUUAUCUCUGCAGCCCGAGAAGUGUGCUGUUGAACAAGCACUUGAAAAUGUUGUGUGGUUUAGGUUGCAUUAGAACUAGCAAAUAUCUCUGAAAUCUUCUCUGCUAGCACUGCUGUUAUCAGUAAUCACAGGGAACUGUUUUACUGAGUUCCACACCAAACUUGAUACCAUCACAAUUACAUUUUAGAUGCACUUGAAUUGCCUUUGUUUCAGCUAAUAGUGUUGUGUACCCUGGGAGAUGAUGAUGAAACAAAACAGGUGGCAGGGAAUAAUUAGAAUUUGAAAUUAACUCUCACUUUCUGCUUCCUUCAUGAACAGAAAAGGAGUGGUUAAUCACUGAGAAUAAACUUCAUUCAGCUGGCCCACUGCAAAGUGUUGCCCUCAGAAUACAUUGCUCUGAUAAGCUGCUUUUGAUUGUUUCCAGUUGUUAUUAAGGGAGCAGUAUCACGUUUAAGUGGGAGUGUCUUAGCCUGAAUCAUUUGCUCUAUUUUUUUGUAUUGGUUUUAUUUUUUGGAUUAAUGGUUUGAGUUGUUAAAUGAAUUGGAGAGUGAAGCAACAUCCUGUUAUCUUCUUGUCAUCUUUGUCUUGCCUCAGUGCUGUGCUGUCUGCAAGCAUAGAGCAGAGCAAGCCUGUGCAUGUUUUUAAAUGGCCUUAUGGAGUAGAAAGCAACCUCUCAGGAUGCAAAUGAGACGGAAUUGUAUGUUCUUGACACCCUUGCAAAAAUCUUGUAUUUGGAGUCUUUUAACUUAAGAAUUGCCCAGAAUGUGGUCAGCCCCAUGCUAGAAGGAGCAGUUCUUUAUGUCUGUGACAUGAAUAUCCUUGUUAUAUGCUUGACCAUUCCAGAUGUAGUAGUGCUGCCAUAGUACCAGGCUUUAUUAGUUUUCUGGUUAUAUUCUGCUAAUAGCUAGAUGGUAUGGGAAUAUUUUUUUCCCUUUACUUAAUGUACCCAGUUUUGAUUAUCCAUGGUUUGCAGGUAUUUUAAUUUUGAAAAAUAAUUGGCGAAGGACUAAGUAGAAAUAUGUGUCUGGGGUUGUAUUUAAAUACAUGAGCAGCAGAUAUGACACGUCCAGGAUCGCUGAAUACUUGGACUCAGAGACAGCUAUUACUCUCUUCUGCACCCUCUGGCAUUUUUAGGAAUUGUUGUCUUACCAGAAUGAGAAUUGGAAAGUUACCAAAUAGUGGUGGUUUGGGAUAUGCAAAAGUCCUUUAUGGAUUUUGAAAGUUAAAAAAAUGAAAGUUAAACAAUUAUGUAUAGCUUGCUCUUUUGUUUUUGUUGUGUUUUUUCUCAGUUUUGGUUAUUAGGCAUGUGUAGCCAACCUCAUGGCUCCUAGAUGGCUUGCAUUCCAAUUAAAAUAGAAAUAUUUGCUUUAAAAUUUUCAGUGUAUGUGGUUCUUGCUUAUUAGUGUCACAGGAUCCUUGGGGUGUCACUUUGCCAGUGAGAAACCUCUGUGGCCGCGGUGCCUUCUGCCUGAGUAGUGCUUGUGCCCACUGGGCUCCUUCUACCCACUCAGCCUUGCAGGCCGUGCUCAGCUCGUACUACUGGCCUGGAUCUUAUACCUGCCAAGGGCAAGCCAGGUGCAGAGCAGCAAGGGGUGUGUGGACAAGCUAGCAUGGGGUCUGGCCACUGCACACACCCACGCACGCUGGGGCUGCUGUGGUGGGGUAGGCAGCUCCAAGCAUAAGCACAGCUGCCGGUUCUGUGUGAGGCUGCAGCUGGACCAGAGUAUCACAUGCAGCUUCUGCUGCGGGUGCCCAUGUCUGGACAAGGGGAACAUGGUGGCAUCCAGAAACUUGGAGACACCAGGAACCUCAGAACCCCAAAGAGGAUGUCACAGCCCUGGCUCGGGGAGACCCUAGGUCUGAGCUCCACAAAGGGCCCCAGCUCUUCUCUCUUUCUGAUUGCCUACCACAUGGAACUGUGGAAGGUGCAUCAGUGAAGAAAUGGACCAAUGUAUAUAAUCAUGGAAUCUCCUUGCUAACCAUCACCACCAGCUCUCCUUAAUACAUGAGCAAGAGUGGGUCAGGGGAGAAGGAAAAGAGGUCAACAUGAAGCUAAAGCAGCGAGUCGUGCUGUUAGCAAUUCUCCUUGUCAUUUUUAUCUUCACCAAAGUUUUCCUGAUUGACAACUUAGAUACAUCAGCUGCCAACCGGGAGGACCAGAGGGCCUUUCACCGAAUGAUGACUGGCUUGCGGGUGGAGCUGGCACCCAAGCUGGACCAUACCUUGCAGUCUCCCUGGGAGAUUGCAGCCCAGUGGGUGGUUCCCCGGGAAGUGUACCCUGAAGAGACACCAGAGCUGGGGGCAAUCAUGCAUGCCAUGGCCACCAAGAAAAUCAUUAAAGCUGAUGUGGGUUAUAAAGGGACACAGCUGAAAGCCUUACUGAUACUUGAAGGAGGACAGAAAGUUGUUUUCAAACCUAAGCGGUAUAGCCGAGACCAUGUGGUGGAAGGGGAACCGUAUGCUGGUUAUGAUAGACACAAUGCAGAGGUAGCAGCCUUUCACUUGGACAGGAUUCUGGGUUUCCGCCGAGCCCCCUUGGUAGUUGGCAGAUUUGUUAAUCUUCGGACAGAGAUCAAACCUGUCGCCACAGAGCAGCUGUUGAGCACCUUCCUAACUGUAGGAAACAAUACUUGUUUUUAUGGGAAGUGCUAUUACUGCCGAGAAACAGAACCAGCUUGUGCUGAUGGAGACAUAAUGGAGGGAUCUGUCACACUUUGGCUUCCAGAUGUGUGGCCUCUGCAGAAGCACCGUCACCCAUGGGGCAGGACUUACCGAGAAGGCAAAUUGGCCAGGUGGGAGUAUGAUGAGAGCUACUGUGAUGCUGUGAAGAAAACGUCCCCUUAUGACUCUGGCCCGCGCCUCUUGGACAUCAUUGACACAGCUGUCUUUGAUUACCUGAUUGGCAAUGCUGACCGCCAUCACUAUGAGAGCUUUCAAGAUGAUGAAGGCGCUAGUAUGCUCAUCCUUCUUGAUAAUGCCAAAAGCUUUGGGAACCCCUCGCUGGAUGAAAGAAGCAUUCUUGCCCCUCUCUAUCAGUGUUGCAUCAUUCGGGUGUCUACCUGGAACAGACUGAACUACCUAAAGAAUGGUAUGCUAAAGUCUGCCUUAAAAUCUGCCAUGUCCCAUGACCCCAUCUCCCCAGUGCUCUCUGAUCCUCAUCUGGACGCCGUGGACCAGCGGCUCCUGAGUGUCCUGGCCACCGUGAAGCAGUGCACCGACCAGUUUGGGAUGGACACAGUACUGGUGGAAGACAGGAUGCCUCUCUCACACUUGUAAUUCUAGACACAAAAUAAGUGAACUUCUUUUUACAAAGAUAGAGAAACAGCACAAUCAAUUCCAAAUGGUAUGAGAUGGAUUGGAAGUGGCCAGCAGCAAGUUCUGGUGACGGGACAGGGUGGCCUUGGAUGUCUUUGGUAUUUUCUGUAGUAGAAACUAAAGCAAAGACCACAAGUUUCAGAGCAUGGAGACAUUCCUGCUGAAUCGCCUUCUCACCUCCUCGGCAAUUGCUCAUUCUAGCGUUGGGCAUCAUAGUUGGUCAGUCUUAAUUCCCAUGCCAAAGGACAAACAGGUGUGACAUUUGGAUAGAUGAAUACUGGGAUUGGCUCUGGAGCAUGUGUUUUGAGUUGAACCUUGCAGUCCUUUCUCCACGCCCGUGGAUUUUGUGGAAACACUUUGCAAUCUCUUUGUCUUUUUUUUACCAGAACUAGUUACAUUGGAAUGCUUACUGUCCUACAGAGUGGCAGCAAAUAAAACCUUGCAUUCCAUCAAGCCAAAAUAGCACACUCUGUUAGAGGAGAUACAUGUUUAAGAUAGAAUUGGAGGGAAGGACAAAAACAGAAAAAUGUUUGGGCUUUUAAGCCAUUGGGUAGUAUUGUUUUGAUGAUCUUAGAGGAGGGAAGAAGAGAGAGAGACCCAAUGGUAGAACCAGAAUCAGGGAGAUGACUGAACUAUUGAAAAACAAGUUCCCUUGUAUUUAGGAUCUUAAGGUGUAUAAAAAGCAAACAUGACUUUGCACCUAAGUAAAUUCUGCAUUCUCAUAGUUGUGUCCCAAUUAACCAAAAAGUUGUCUCUAGAGAAAAUACUAUUACAAUCUAAGCAUGAUUCUCUGUGGAGACUAAUUUUUUCCCCUUUUGCCAAAAGCAGUCCUUCCCAAAUUAACAAAGCAAACUGAAAUAAUACCUUGAAUAACAGGUUGCCUGUGGUCUCUGUCAUCCUCAUUUCUCUUCUGAAAUGAAUUUCCACCUCUGCCUUUAAGGCAUUUUUGUCACUGAAGCUGCUGUUCCCAAGAGAUCGGCAACCUUUUUGUCCCUUUCUCAUAAGAAAGGGACACUCCUACAGGUGAGAGUGUAUACCUUACUCUCUCAGAUAAGUGGCUGGACUUAUCUUGUGAUUUGGGGCCAUGGAAGAUUGGAAACAAAGAUUUUAAGCCUUCUUCUUUUUUUCUUUUUUCUUUUUUUUUUGAGACCAAGUCUCUGUUGCCCAGGCUGGAGUGCAGUGGCACGAUCUUGGCUCACUGCAACCUCCGCCUCCCAGGUUCAAGCGAUUCUCUUGCCUCAGCCUCCAGAGUAGCUGGGAUUACAGGCGCCCGCCAUCGUGCCCAGCUAAUUUUUAUAUUUUUAGUGGAGACAGGGUUUCGGGUUUCACCAUGUUGGCCAGGUUGAUCUUGGACUCCUGACCCCAGGUGAUCCACCUGCCUCAGCCUUCCAAAGUGCUGGGAUUACAGGCAUGAGCCACCGUGCCCGGCCAAGAUUUUAAGCCUUCUGAGCCUUGAAAUUGAGGAGUUUAAAAGGAAGAGCCUUAAGAUUUUGAUUUAUGUCAAAUCCUAAUUCUAUCAUUCAGUCUUGUUUGGAGUUCUGAACCCAUGAUGUUGUAUUAUGCUUCUUUCUCCUCUUAGCACUCUCAAAUUUCAGGUUUGUAAAACACAGUUUUUGUUUUGUGUUCUGGCGAAGUGAUCUCAACAUGUAAGUAGUUGCAGUAAAACACAGGGGCAAAGGAAGACAGGCCUGAUGUGCCCACUCAUCUAUGGACUCAGAGCUGUGUGCUUUGCUCCUGCAUCUUGUUGAGGUGCUGUUCCAGCUUUGCAUUUCUGUCAAGCAGAGGCGAAUAUAUAAACAGUGUGGUUGAAUACAUUUAAUGCCAGCCAUUGGAAACUAGUUUUAGGCAACCACUCUCAAAAACAGCUUUAGAAUUUAUGCCCAGUUUUCUUGCAUUGAAAGAUAACUGAGUAAUAACCUGUAACUAUUUUUAAAUGGCAUGAAAUUAGGAAACUUUUGUACAUUUUAUAUACAUUUUGAGAUGAAGAGAACAAUGGGCUGAGUUAUAAAAAGCGUGUAUUGAAUUUAAGAAGACAGACUAGCACAAAACACAGAAUUCGUGGUAACCAAAGGAGGCAUUGAUUUCAGUUUUAAGGCUACUCAGUGUUGUGUGUCCAGGGAAAUUCACAGCUCAGUAUGAGAAUACCUUGGUUAGUGCUCACCCACAAGCUUCCAGGAGCCAGCUGGGAGGAGACAAUAGGAAGAGAUGUCAGCUCUGCUCUCCCUGUAAAUGUUAGUUGAACUAAGUUAUGGAUUUGUGGUCUUUCAAAUACAUGACGCCUUUAGUAUGCCACACUGAAAUGAAUAAGAAGUCUUCUGAAACUGGGAACUUCAUAACAUUGAAGGCAGAAGAUUCUGCUAAGGAAAAAAGCAGGCAGGAAAGAAAAUGUCUCAUCCUUUCUUGAAAGCAUUUGCAGAAAAUAUAUCAUUUCAUUUUAUUCCCAUCUGUUUUCAAACUCGUGAUCUUAAAAGGCAUUCUGAUGAUAAAUUUAGAAUUUUCAUCUAUAAAAUUUAGAACUCUAAUCCAUAAAGUUAGAAUUGAGCUAAUAGAGUGGUAUGACAUGGCACUAAAAAUAUAAAUUUUUGUUCUAAGGAUUGGAGUAAGCUGGAAAAGUAUGUUUAGUCAAAUCUUGGAGAAAACCAACCAUAAACUUACAGCUCUAAAAUUCAGAAAGCCCUAAAAUUUCAAACACCGUUUGAAAGAAGAGGUGGGGGCCGGGUGCCGUGGCUCAUGCCUGUCAUCCCAGCAUUUGGGAGGCUGAGGCGGGCAGAUCACCUGAGGCCAGGAGUUCGAGACCAGCCUGGCUGGCUAGCAUGGUGAGACCGUCUCUACUAAAAAUGCAAAAAUUAACAGGGCACGGUGGCAUGCGCCUGUAGUCCCAGCUACUCGGGAGGCUGAGGCAGGAGAAUCACUUGAAUCCAGGAGGCGAAGGUUGCAGUGAGCUGAGAUUGUGCUGCUGCACUCCAGCCUGGGAGACAGAGCGAGACUCUGUCUUAAAAAAAAAAAAGGAGGUGAAUUUUUUUUUAAGUUUUGUAACACUGUCCUACUUUAUUUAUUAGAAUCUAAGGCUGUUACAAUCAAGUCGUUGCAGGGUUUGGAUCAGCUGUAAGUUAGGUAUGCCUACCAAACAUCCAAAGGUAGAUGUGGAGACAUUUUAAUACUACAAAACUAGGGAAAUCAGAACUCAUGGCCAUUUCCUGCCCUCCUCCCACUUGUUAAAACAUGUUUAUUCUAAAGUUUGAAUGGAUAAAUUUGAGUAUAAAGGUUUUGUUAUAAAACUGUUCUUUAGUGUGAGGCUGCAUUGUGGGUUUGGGGGAAAUGUAAAUAAUUUUCUGUGUAAAACAAAUUCAUAGGAUCUGAUUUGCUCAGAGUAUUAUUCAAGAAUGUAUUAAUAAGGCAUUGCCCCCUGUUUGCACUCAGGGUUAAUAUGUCAAAUGAAAUUUAAGAAGGAAAUGGAAGAAUUCAGGUACAUUAAUUGCAUAUUAUUUUGGGAAAGAUGAGUCCUAUACGUGGCAAUUUUUCAAUGUCACCCGAAGCCAGCAUUAUCUUCCAAAGAAAUUGAUCUUUUUUUUCUAAAAAAAAAAAAUGCUUUUGCCUUCCCUUCCCUUCCCAUCCGCCAUAUUUCUUCAGCCUUUCUUCUCGAUCACCCGUGUAUUCUUUGACCAGUAAAUGACCACACCUCAAUGACGGUAAAACAGCAUCAUCAGUAAGCUAUCUUAUAUGCCUCAUCCUGUGAGUUUGAGCUUCAGGAAACAUGAGUAAAAGUAUAUGUAAUGUAUAUAGUCGUAUAUGUAUUCUAGCAAGAAAAACAUAUUUAUUUUGACAAAGGGGAACACUGACUUUCUGAAGGAUUCAGAAAGAACCUUAGUGAAAGGUUCUCAGUCUCUGAGAGUGGACCCUAAUUAACAUAAAGACCAUUCAUCAGCAAAUAACUACUGAGCAACUCUAGUGUGCCAGCACAGGCCAGACAUACUAGUGAGCCAGGCACAUCUGGCCUUGGGAGACUCAUCCUACAGGGGAAGGCCAGUUUUUUUCCCUUCAAUUCCUCAAGUCUGGGUGGUGACAAGGUAGGGGCUAGGUACUGGACUACCACAGGUUUUUAGGAACUAAGGUGUUUCUCAUAAACACAAAAUGUUGGGUGAAACUGGGAACAACUUACUCAGAAGCUAAUUUAUUUGCUUAAAUGGAAAGUGUGGGAGCCACUACCCUCUCUUUUGAUCUGCCAAGGAUUUCCUCUCAGAGCUGUUGCACAGACAGAGAUUGUACUUGGUAAGAUACCAAACAAGACAGAUAUGGAUCUAAAUUUCUAAUGUGUUCUAUGGGUUUCAAUUCUGAAAAAAGAAAAUGAAUAAAGAUUUUAAUAAAUAUUGA